AUGAUCAAUUUUGGACCAAGCGAUUUGUUGGAUAUUAGAAAGGGAAAGUUGGCUGCUGUGGCGGCUUUUGUGAGCUAUCCGGCAUCCCCACCCCGGAGGAAAAGGGGGGUCUUAUCCUGGGUGAACAAGCGUUCAAAAAUAAUACUCGAGCAACUGGAGAGGUUGCGUACCAGCCUCUCUGCCAAAUCGCCUGCGAAGCAAGAUUUCUACCUGGCACAGGCGGAGAAGGAAAUACCCUUGGCAGGGAUCUCCCGAUUCACGUUUGAUUGGAACGUUCCGCGUGAUGAGGAUUCUGCUUGGAACUCGGUGGUGAUCGAAGUGAUGGGAAAGAAAUCGGUGGAAUGGCUGAGACGAACUAUGAAGAUAAGUGAAGAGGAGGAAGCACAAGCGGCUGCAAUCAUCAAGCGCUGGCUCCAAACUAAAUCUCGAGAGAUUCAACAGUACGGAGAAAUGGAUAUAACCGAGUACAACAAGAUCAAAUCGAAAAAAUCAACAAAGGCUCUAUACAUGAGAUGGCGCAAAAAAAUCAAGGAAGAGAGAUGUAGGGUGGCGGAUCAGAUCUUCAAAGGAAUUCCACAAUUAGCUGUUGUACUCGAGGAUAAGGACUGUCAUUCUGAUAUUGAAGACGCACAGGAGGGAGUUAAUCCUGUCCGGGUAUUUCCUGGGUACCGUAGUAUUCAUCUCACCAAUAUACUCCAUAAUCUCGAUCGAAUGGUCCAGGCGCAGACCACCCAUCACAAGAAAAUCGAGACGAACAAGAAGAUGUAUGCGCGUUCGGCAAGCAACCACGCACCAACUGUAGGAGGAGCUAUUGGGGUUGCGCGCGACUGGCCAAUUGAUUGCUACGAUGAAACAUUUUGGAAAUGCUCAGCCAAUUUGAGCGUGACACUAUCUCAAAAGUACCGGCAGUCAACAUUCAACAGCUUGCGGAAACCUUGGCCGAAAUGUGCCGUCGGGGCACUAGCAGCCGUUCGAGUGGUCAACCGGACCAAGGAGUAA